UCUCACAGAGCUUGCCCUCAAGAGUGACUGAGAAAAACUCCCACUCCGAGCCUUACAGACCAGAUAAAACGUCAUUCAGUAGAUCAAAUAUGUGCAUUAUGGAACUGUAGUACAAAGAAAAGAGCGGGAGUGCUGUAAGUGGAGGUCGAUUGAGUUUCUCGAGUGAACUCCCCACACGCCUCCCUAACUGAGUGAUUGUCUUGUUUCCACACACUUCUGAUUGCUCUUCGGGCACGAGACAGCAUGACCAGCGGAUACAAAGACGGGACACCUGAAGAGGAAUACGCACACUUGCCGUUCAUCAGGAAACAGGGGAACAUUUACAAACCCAAUAAUAAAGAAAUGGAUAACGACAGCAUCAACGAAAAGACACUUCACGAUUUCCACACCAAGGAGAUUGACCUCGUCAAUCGAGACCCAAAGCAUAUAAAUGACAAUGUGGUCAAGGUUGAAUUUGAAGAUGUAAUCGCUGAGCCUGCUGGCACCUACAGCUUUGACGGUGUGUGGAAAGCCAGCUUCACCACCUUCACAGUAACCAAAUACUGGUGCUACAGGCUUCUGACGGCCCUGGUGGGCAUUCCUCUUGCCCUCGUAUGGGGCAUCUUCUUCGCCAUCCUCUCCUUCAUCCACAUCUGGGCAGUGGUGCCCUGUGUAAAGAGCUACCUAAUCGAGAUCCACUGUGUCAGUCGAGUCUACUCCAUCUGUGUGCACACCUUCUGCGACCCGCUGUUCGAGGCCAUCGGAAAGUGCUUCAGCAGCGUCCGGGUCACCACCACCAAGGUGGUGUAAGGACAGGGAACGGAAAAGAGCCAGAGGGAUAGGGAUAGGGUGGGAUGGGUAAAUGGAAACCAAUGUCCAACACAGAGCAAUAAAUCUUAAAGAAAUUAUAACUCUAUAAUAAAGAGGGCAACACAAAAGUGAACAGAGAUUGGCUUUUGAGGGGUUGCACUGUAUUUAGGUGGAUAUAAGAAAAGACACUCUUCACUGUCUCUGUUCAACAAGUCCAUGAUCUUAGUCUCCUCUCUGCUUUGGAUUCCAAGGGGACAUCUGUAAAAACAUUCUCAUAUUUUUGUUAUUUGUUUGCCUGUAUCAUCGUAAAAACGUUUUCUGCCUUACUUGUGUUGAAUCUGUUGUUUUAUUUACCCUUUUUAUUCAUUUGUGUAACAACGUAGUUAAAUGGUAGUAUCGUUGUGGUGCUUAAACAACUAAUAAUUUAGCUUUGUUCAGUAUUCUGUCUGUCUUCCGUUUGGUAUAUGUGUAUUGUCACCCUUAAGGCCAAACUUCGUUGUCUGUAUUGCCGGAACGUCUCAAGCACAGUGCGCGUGAUGCAAAUUUAGUCUUCAGCAACGUAUGCGUGGACUCUCCACGUCCACCCUUGUUUUUAAGACAUGCACGUCAUCGUGCAUGUACCUGCUGUUGACUGUGCUAAAACAGUAUUGCAAAGGAGUCGUAGUGCGCUUGUGGUCAAAAGAGUUUACUUUGAAAGGCUGAGCUCUUUUACAGUGCGCAAGAUGGAAUGGCACACAGUAAAACAAAAUAUAGAACAGGUGCAACAAGUUUUGGGUGAGAAAAACAAAUAUUUGUCUGUCCACACUAAAUGCAAAAUGGCAGCACCACGUGACACAGCCAGUCGACAUUUGAUGCUUAAUGCCUUGUUAUGUGGAGCAGGAUUUUGGACCAGUGAUGUUUCAUGGUGGGAGGGGUUACCCUGUACAAUAAGGCUGGGUAAAAAUAUAGAUUUUCCAAAUAAUCACAAUCUUCACUGAUUCAUAUCAGUUAUUGAUUCUUAAAACCCCAUAACUGAUUUUUUACUUUAACUUUAAAGUCCAUUAGUAGUGUCCAUUAUUAUGUUUUCCAUAAGUUUAGCAAUUGAACAGCAUAAUUUGAGAAUUUAUUUCACAUGUAAGUAAAACAGUUAUUAUAACUGAAAUAUUCCCAAAUAAAUCAGAAUUUAAUCGAAUCAUAAUCUUAAUAGAAAAUCAAAUCGAGAGGUUGUGAAUCGGAAUUGCAACAAAUCAGAAAAUUUGUAUCAAUAUUCAGCCUUGCUGUACAAUCAAGUAAUUGAUAAAAUUGCCUUUUGUAAUCUUCAGAUUUACAUAGAAGAAACCGUUUUUACUGCUUUAAGCUUGAACGUGCUGCACCUGGUUCGGACACUGAGUUAUUUGUGGUCAUCACUGGGGUUUGUGUAAUCUAAAGUUUUUUUUUUUUUUGGUAGCUGGGGUUUGGGAGAUUGACUGAAUUUUAGAGAAAAAAUUAGGCAAGGCCCUGCUGAUGUCAAGACUGCCCAACACACUGCAUGUUGCCACUGAAAAUGGUGGAAAGCCCAAACACGGGGCAAAAGAGUUGCACUCACUGAACCCUUUGUCAACUCAGCAUAUACUAACAAAGAGACUGUUCCUGGCUCGAUGACACAUAACGCUUCAAAGUGGUUGUCAUUGCAGCAGCUUUAUGAUUGACAGAGAAUGUCUGUGUAACAUCCAGAGAGAUGUUAUGUGAAUUUAGCUACUCAGCUUAACCACACCAAGGACAUAAACCUAGUGGGGUCUUUUAGCAGUCGUGAAGAUUUUUUUAUAAUACCAAAGCACAUUACCACAGCAUUAACAUAGACAUAAACAUAUGUUUGCGGUCUUUGAAGAUGAAGAACUUGUUUUUAUGGAUUUUUUUAUAUAUAUAUUAUUGCUUCUGCUGGACAAAGUGACAUCAUUUGGGUUGGAAUUUUGUCCCUGCAAACAUAAACAUACCUGCCUCCGUUGAUUCACUGUUGGACACAAACAAACAAACACACACACAUACACACACUAACAAAGAUUGGCAGCAAACUAAAGUAACCGGCCUCACAGGCUGCUGCUAAAUUGGGGUAUAUUAUAUUUUAUACUGACGUUAAGCUCACUUUUUUCACCUUUUUGUCUGCCUGCUGUCUUAGUAUCUAUUUCAAAACAUGUUCUUAAAUGAAUCUGCCUCUGUAGAUGAGAUCAUAUUUUUAUUCAUAUUUUAUAUGAAAACUGAAAUUUUCUUUCCUUGCUUUUACUGUAAAAUCACAUAAUGCUGUGCACAUUAAAAAAAUUUAUAUAAA